AUGUCGUCUCAAACAGGCUCAGAGAUCCCUCUCACGGCAGUGGCUGUCUCUCCAGUUAUUAAUGAAACGGACGAUGUUGUGCAAAGCUUCAGUGAAAGGUAUACCCUGAGGCAAGGUCUUCACCAGCGACACAUUCAGAUGAUUGGUUUGGCCGGCACAGUCGGCUCAGGGCUAUUCCUCAACUCUGGCCAAGCACUCGCAAUGGGAGGACCUCUAGGUGCUUUCCUUGGGUACACUAUUAUUGGGCUUGUUGCUUCUAGUGUCGUCGUCGUUACUGGGGAGAUGGGCGCUUUCGUGCCUCUUAGCGGAGGCCUCGUCCGCUAUUCAGAAUUCUUCUUCGAUCCUGCCAUGGCCUUCGCGAACGGAUGGAAUCAAGUAUCCUCAUACCUGGUGACUAUCCCUGCUGAGAUCGUGGCAGCUUCGAUCUUAGUUGAAUUCUGGAUUACUAUCAGCAGCGCAAUAUGGGUCACCAUUUUCAGCAUGCUGAUACUCGUCACUGCGCUAUUUCUCAUCAGAGUUUAUGGGGAGGUUGAGUUUGCAUUUGCGAUGCUGAAGAUCUUACUGGUCCUUGGAGUAAAUAUUAUGGCCCUUGUGAUUACGUGCGGUGGAGGACCAAGUGGCCAAUCGAUUGGAUUCAGAUACUGGGAAGACCCAGGGCCCUUCGUUCAAUACCUUGGUAUCAAGGGUACUUUGGGUCGAUUUCUCGGUUUCUGGUCAACACUGAGCAAUGCAGUCUUUGCAUACGCAGGAGUUCAAAAUAUUACCCUUGCUGGAGCUGAGACAAGAUCUCCAAGACGCGCCAUCCCAAAGGCAACAAAGCGCGUCUUGGUCCGCAUCCUCGUCUUCUAUGUCCUGACCAUAUUCAUGAUCGGUUUGGUUAUUCCUUCGAAUGACCCCAACCUCCUUCAUUUAACUGGCACAGCUUCCCAAUCCCCAUUUGUUAUAGCCGCUCGUCGGGCAGGGAUACAGGAUGCACCCUCGAUUAUUAAUGCCGCUAUACUCGCUUCAGCCUGGUCGGCUGGCAAUUCGUUUAUUCUUUUCGGCUCCCGAAUUCUCUUUGGCAUGGCAAUGCAGGGGCAUGCUCCCGCAGUCUUCGCUCGGCUGAACCGAUUCAGUGUGCCUUACGUGGCAAUCUGCUUCUUCGGGCUCUUUAUGUCCUUGGGGUAUAUGGUCGUCUCUGAGUCAGCAUACACAGUCUUUGGCUGGUUGCAGGCCGUUGUGGCGGUCUCUACUUUGGUAGACUGGGGAGUUAUCUGUGUCGUAUAUCUCCGAUUCUACUACGGUUGCAAAAGGCAGGGGGUCGACCGCCACAAAGAGCUUCCGUGGGCUGCCCCUUUUCAACCUUACUCAACAUGGGCUGCGCUUGUGCUGAUCCUCCUUGUACUUCUCACUGGAGGCUUUAGCACAUUUAUUCAUGGCCACUGGAAUGCUGAAGCAUUUGUCUCGGCGUACAUCAACAUUCCAAUCUUCCUGGUCCUAUACUUUGGCUACAAAUGGUGGAAGAAAACACAUAUCCUCGCUUUGGUGAAUAUUCCGAUUGUCGGCUUGAUGCAGUUUUACCUCAGCGAAGAAAAUCUCGAACCUGAACCACCACGCAACAAGGGACUUGCGAAACUCAACUUUCUCUGGUCGUAG